GGAGAUGGCGGGGGCGGAGGCUGGCAGGGGGCGCUGGAGGCUGGAGCAGCCCGGGCGCACCUCGCGCCCCGGGGUGCCGGAGGCUCUGAAGUGGCAGCUGCACCGCGAGCCUCCGGGGCCCGGGCGGCGGCUGGGGGUGAGGUAGGGGGCGACAGCCGCCGCCGGGGGUGUCGCCGGCCUCGGCGCCUUUGUUCUCGCGCGCUCCCCCUCGCCGCCCACUCCCCUGCUGUCGCGCGGCGGCGGCGGCUGCUCCUCCCGCCCGAGGCAGUCAGGCUCGGCGCCGGGGGCGGGAGGGGCGGGGGAGCGCGCCAGCCUCCGGGAGUGGGGGGCGAUGGCGAAGCUCCGGGUGGCUUACGAGUACACGGAAGCCGAGGACAAGAGCAUCCGGCUUGGUUUGUUUCUCAUCAUCUCCGGCGUCGUGUCGCUCUUCAUUUUUGGCUUCUGCUGGCUCAGUCCCGCGUUGCAGGAUUUGCAAGCUACGGCGGCCAACUGCACGGUGCUGUCGGUGCAGCAAAUCGGCGAGGUGUUCGAGUGCACCUUCACCUGUGGCGCCGACUGCAGGGGCACCUCGCAGUACCCCUGCGUCCAGGUGUACGUGAACAACUCCGAAUCCAAUUCCAGGGCGCUGCUGCACAGCGACGAGCACCAGCUCCUGACCAACCCCAAGUGCUCCUAUAUCCCUCCCUGUGAGAGAGAAAAUCAGAAGAACUUGGAAAGUGUCAUGACUUGGCAACAGUACUGGAAAGAAGAGAUUGGUUCCCAACCAUUUACUUGCUAUUUUAAUCAAUAUCAAAGACCAGACGACGUGCUCCUGCAUCGUACGCAUGAUGAAAUUGUCCUCCUGCAUUGCUUCCUUUGGCCCCUGGUGACAUUUGUGGUGGGCGUUCUCAUUGUGCUCCUGACCAUCUGUGCCAAGAGCCUGGCAGUCAAAGCAGAAGCCAUGAAGAAGCGCAAAUUCUCUUAAAGGGUAGUAGGCUUGUGGAAAGCAAAGCACAGAAGCUGCACUCAUUGGCGCACAUCCACCUGCAGAGCCCGUGUUUCCGGCGCAGGAGAUGGAAGGGUCCGUGAGAGAUUUCCGAGAGGCUCCUGCUUUGAUGGCAGCAGAAACAGGCACAACUGCAAGAUGUGGAGCCUCCUAGAUUGUAUUCUGUGUGUAGUAGCAGUAGCUAAUGGGUCAAGCUCUUAGCUGUGUGGAGUAAUCAUUUCAGGAAACCCUAUAAGAAGUUAAUUUUCUUUGGAAAAGUACAGUAUAUUAUUUGUACAGUGUAGUAUACAAACCAUUAUGAUUUAUGCUACUUACAAACAUUAAAAUAGAGUGGUCUGUGUUCUUUUUUAAUUUCCUUUUUUAUGCUUAGAACACCAGGGU